AUGCCUCUCGUGAUUCUAACCGGCUACCCUUGCUCCGGUCUCACCUACCGCGCGAACCAGCUCGCGGCGCUCUUCGAAACAGCGCAGGAUGAACUCUUCGCUGCCACCGAUUCAGCCUCGCCUGCUACCCUAAAGUCUCGAUUCAAAGUUCAUGUCGUUGCAUCUCAUGACACCUCACACCCUCGAAUCGUAUACGAUCAUGCACGCACAGAAAAGGAGGCCCGUGGCGUAGCCUACGCUCGGGCUAAGCGUGUCCUUGCUCGCGAUAGCAUUGUGAUCUUGGAUGGCAUGAAUUAUAUCAAAGGAUGGCGGUACCAGCUUUGGUGUGAGGCCAAGGCUGCCGGAACAUCAUGCUGUGUGGUCCAUGUCGGAACACCCGUUGACCAAUGUAUUGCGAACAACGACGCCCGACUCCAGCGUCAAGCUUCCGAGAAACCCUCAGACGCAAACACAGACUCACAGGUCCCAUCCACCACCGAGACAGACUCCUCUUCCCCAGAAGUCCCCGCCAAACCAACCGACACCGAAGAACCAUACCCAUCCGAGCUCCUCAACAACCUCAUCUUCCGCUACGAAGAACCAAGCACCCACAGCCGCUGGGAUAAACCCCUCUUCACAGUCCCCUGGGCCGACGAAACGCCGCCCGUAGCAGACAUCUUCCACGCUCUCACCGGCGUAGUUCUCCCCUCCGCCCAAGAACCAUCCAUAACCCCCAUGACCGAUCUCGCCGCCUCCCUCGGCUCAACAUCGCUCUCCUCCGCCGCAAGCGUCACCACAACCCGGACAUCGUUCACCCGCGGCGGCAGCGGAGCCGGCUCUCUACGAUCCCGCAUGGCACCUCACAUGGCAACCGUCCAGGCUGUCUCGACUGACCACGACGCCUUGUACGCCAUGGAGAAGAAGACCUCGGCCGUGGUCACUGCUAUCCGCGCAUUUACGCAGGCUACACCGUCAGCAGAGGUAGCAUUGGCGCAGAGUAAAGACGGCAAGGGAAUCUCGGUUUCUGUGCCCGAAGCUUCGACGCCGGUCUUUGUUCCGGCGCAUGUUGCUACGACGGGGACGACGGAUGAACUUGCUGGGCCUGGUGGGGUUUUGGCGUUGCCGAGAUUGCAGCGCUUGAGGAGGCAGUGGAUUAGUUUGAAUCGGGUUUAUAUUGGGCGUGGGCAUGGGGCUGGGCAGGGUGGGUUGCCAGCUGAUCAGAUUGGGGAUGCGUUUGUGAGGUUUUUGAAUUCGACUUUUGGGGGUGAUGAUGAUUCGUAG